UCUCGAGUCUCAACUAUGUCGGUCUAUGAUGCGGCGUUCCUAAACAGUGAGCUCUCGAAGCGGACCUCAAUCUUCGGUCUCCGAUUAUGGGUCGUGAUCGGAAUCUGCAUCGGAGCUUUUAUCGUUCUCAUACUCUUUCUCCUCUCUCUCUGCAUUGCGUCUCGUCGCCGUAAAUCUCCAAACAACCGUAUUCGUCAGGGGAAGAAGCUUAGUGCCAGUGAGCUUACCCCCGUGGUCUCCAAGGAAAUCCAAGAGAUUGUACAUGUUACUGCUACGGAUCAGCGCCCUGCGUUGCCCCCUGCCUUCCCCGAGAUCCAGAUCGACAUUGGGAAGCCUGAGCAUCGUGUGGUGUUCUCCGACCGACUUUCAUCCCACGCCAGUGGAGAGAGCCGAUCGACUAACGCCACCGAUUCCACUUCCAUGGCCGUCGGCCCUCCCGAGGUUUCGCAUCUGGGUUGGGGUCACUGGUACACUCUCAGGGAGCUUGAAGCGGCGACCAACGGAUUAUCGGACGAGAAUGUGAUUGGGGAAGGUGGUUAUGGAAUCGUUUAUCGAGGCGUUUUGCCGGACAACACUCAAGUUGCUGUGAAGAAUUUAUUGAAUAACAGGGGUCAAGCUGAGAGGGAGUUCAAAGUAGAAGUAGAGGUAAUUGGCCGAGUUAGACACAAAAAUCUGGUCAGAUUGCUUGGAUACUGUGUGGAAGGAGCUUACAGGAUGCUUGUUUAUGAGUAUGUAGACAAUGGUAAUCUGGAUCAAUGGCUUCAUGGGGAGGUGGGGCCAGUCACCCCUCUUACAUGGGACAUUCGAAUGAAUAUUAUCCUUGGAACAGCGAAAGGUUUGGCCUAUCUUCAUGAGGGUCUUGAGCCAAAAGUUGUUCAUCGAGAUGUAAAAUCUAGUAAUAUAUUACUUGACCGACAGUGGUACCCCAAAGUCUCUGAUUUUGGUCUUGCUAAACUUUUAUGUUCCGAGAGGAGUUACGUUACAACUCGUGUCAUGGGAACGUUUGGGUAUGUGGCUCCUGAAUAUGCUUGCACUGGUAUGUUGAAUGAGAGGAGUGAUGUUUAUAGCUUUGGAAUACUAAUCAUGGAAAUAAUUUCUGGGAGGAAUCCUGUUGAAUACAAUCGACCACCUGGAGAGGUGAAUUUGGUGGACUGGUUAAAGACUAUGGUUGGAAAUCGGAAAUCAGAGGAAGUAGUGGAUCCUAAAUUGCCUGAAAUGCCUUCUUCAAAGGCACUCAAGCGGGUUCUUUUGGUUGCUCUGCGAUGUGUUGACCCUGAUGCGCAAAAAAGACCUAAAAUGGGGCAUGUGAUCCACAUGCUUGAGGCGGAUGAUUUACUAUUCCGUGAUGAACGUCGAAUUGGGCGAGAGAGUAUGCGAUCUCAUCAGGAAUAUCAACCAACAAACCAGGUUGUUCCUAGACUGGGUGAUAAACAGGUAACCAAGGGAACCUCUGAUACAAGUGAAGGAGAGAGCAGCAGAAAUCCAAACCAGCAAACUAGAUGGAGAUGAUUGGUUAAAAUAGGUCUACUGACAAACUUUUUCCCAGUUAUUUAAUUCAUUUUCCCCCUUAGUUCGUUCAUCAAUCUUUCACUUUAGUUUUGAUUUGAAAAAAAAAAAAAAAUCUUCACUAGCAUUGUUAUAUGUUUAUAGAUGGUAGGUAGUUAGUUGAGCUGCCCUAACUUGAAUUGGGAUUCAUUUGUAUAUGAUAGGGUAUAUUGAUUCCUAGUCCUGAUGAAUAGGCCAUUUCAAAAUUGGAAAUGAUUG